GGAAUAGACAAAAACCCCUCAUGGUGUCCUGGUUAAAAUCAUCCCAAUCCUGCCGAGCUCCAGCCGAGCUGAAAAGGGCUCUGGGAAAAAGGAACUGAUGAGGACAGAGAGAGAAAACAAGAGGCACCAAAAUGCCAUUUGCAUGGAUCGUGCUCUCAGCCAUUUGCUUUGUGCUGCAGCUCACAGCAGAAUCCUGCAGGAGAGGGGCAGUGAGUGCCAGCAGAGCUGCCCUGGCCACCACAGAGCUCUGUGCCAUGGGCAACGUGACAGCCAGCACCUCCAGUGCCAUCCAGCGUGGCACCAACGUCACCCUGUGGUGCCAGCUGGCAGCCCCACAGCGAGCUGGCUGCUGCUGGGCUGCGAUUUUCCUCAACAGCUCCGAACAGGUCAGGAAAUGGGGGAGAUCAGUAAGGAAAACAUUUGAGGUCACUGCCUACGGCAAACACACGUUCAUGUGCAAAAGGAUCUGUGGAGAAGACACCAGCCUCCUGUGCGGCAUCGAUAUCUGGUGUGGAAAUCCUCCAGACAAACCCAGGAACGUGUCCUGUGUCCAGUAUGGGACACGGGGACAUCUCACCUGCACCUGGGACAAAGGGAGGCUCACCUACCUCCAAACUGACUAUACACUAGAGCUCUCCAAUGGGACUGAUGCCUUUUGCUUCCCAGCAGAAUUCCCCAAUCAGGCGUUUUUCUCUCGGGCUCUGACCAAACUUUUGGAUUUUCACUCCAAUUACACCGUGGUGGUUUCUGCCUCCAAUGAAUUAGGAAAUGCCUCUUCCCAGCCACUCACCUUCACGUUGAUAGACAUAGUGAAGCCAAAUCCUCCCGAAUUUUUGGUGGAAUUUGACGAUUCCUCUGCCAGCAGCUGCAGCAUUUUGUGGCAGGGUGAGGCACAAGCACAGCACUACAGGCUGAGGUAUCGUCCCCUCAGCAGGCACUCCUGGAGCAUGGUCGAGAUCUUCAGCAAGGAGAAAUUUCAGCUGCAGGGGCUGGAGCCCGACACAGAAUACGAGUUCCAGGUGAGCUGCAGGAUCCUGCCUGGCCGAGGGCUGUGGAGUGACUGGAGCAGGAGCCAGAGCCGAACUCCAGCAGCAGUGCCCACGGGGAUCCUGGAUGUCUGGUACCGGCAGCAGGACCUGGACUCCGAGCACCAGAACCUCUCCCUUUUCUGGAAGGCUCUGAGCAAGUCAGAGGCAGGAGGGACAAUCCUGGGAUACACGGUGACCUUGGAAGCCCUGGAGCACGGGGAGCUGCCGGCUCAAUGCCACCAGACCACCCGGACCAGCUUCUCCAGGGUCACCCCCAGGCUGGGCCACAGGGUCACGGUCAGAGCCCACAACCCCCGGGGCAGCUCCGCCCCUGCAGCCAUCGUGACUCACCUGGGCAGCCCAGAUCUGCCCCCUCCUGAGCGAGUCUCUGCCCUGGGCCUGGGUAACAGCAGCAUCCUGGUGAGCUGGAGCCCCCCUGCUGCAGCCUCUGUGCCUGUUGGGGGGUACGUGGUGGAGUGGGCAGAGCCACACCUGCAGCCCUGGCACACCUGGGUGAAGCUGCCCCCGUCCCACCUGUCCACGGUGAUAGCAGAGCACAUCCGAGAUAACCUCUGCUAUCACAUCCACGUGUCUGCACUUUACCAGGCCAGAGCUGGCCAGGCAGCAUCAGUCAGGGGGAACUCCACAGCACAAGCCCCAUCAGCUGGGCCCCAGAUGUUCACAAUCCCCUGGGCCAGAGGUGUCCUGGUUUCCUGGGAGGAGAUCCCGGCUCCCCAGCAGAGGGGCUGCAUCACUGCUUACCACAUUUACGUGCACAGGAGGGCCAGGCAGGGCCAGCCCGAGCUCCACGCCAUUCCCGCCGGGAUCUCUCCUCUCUCCCUGCCCAUCCCGGACCUGCAGCCCGGGGAGCGCCACGACCUUUGGAUGACAGCGGCGACAGCGGCCGGGGAGGGGCCCCGGGGCAACAGCGACAGCGUCGUCCUGGAAAGUGCCAGGGGCUGGGUGACUCUGGUGCUCAUCAUCUGCAGCUUCCUCAUCCUCUCAGCCUGUGUUUGUUCUGUGCCUCCAGCAAGGAAAGUAUUCCUGUCCCUCCUCCUGCCACAGUGGCAGAGCAAAGCCAUUCCCGACCCUGCCAAUGCCACGUGGGCCAAGAGCUUAGCGGCUACCAAGGCGGAGCUGAGCGCUCCCUCCAACCCCUUCCUGCCCUGCCCCUUCGAAGAGCCCGAAACGAGCCCGGUGGAGGAAACCGAGAGAGAAAAAACCUCGGUGGAGGAAAAAACCUCGGUGGACCCUGAGUCCCCCAUCCCUGGGGAAAUGAUCCCUGGGGGGAUGAUCCUUGGGGACAAACAGCAGCUCCCGGGGCUCUACCGGAGGUUGUUGCUGGAGGCGAUGGAGCCCGGCAUUGCUGACCCCUGA